AUGGGAUAUAAAUGGCAGAUAUGGCUCCAUAACGUGCCUAGCCAGGCCUUGUCAAACCUAAAGGGGCGCCCUAACUCCGUGAAAGUAACAGGAGAAAUCAUCACUUUCCCUAGUGCUGAAACUCGGUUAAUACAUGGUGUUGUUCAUUAUAUUGACUUCUUAGAAGAGGCAGUGCCUGAGAUUGCAUGGGGAAAGCACACAAGAGUAAUUCUUGAUGUAGGAUGUGGUGUAGCGAAUUUUGGAGGAUAUCUCUUCGAUAAAGACGUUCUAGCAAUGUCAUUCGCCCCUAGAGAUGACCAUGAAGCUCAAAUCCAAUUCGCUUUAGAAAGAGGGAUACCUGCGAUUUCUUCUGCCAUUAUGGGCACUCAACGCCUUCCAUUUCCUAGUAACGUUUUUGAUCUUGUACAUUGUGCUCAUUGCAGAGUACCUUGGCACAAAGAAGGUGGCAUCCUUCUUUUGGAGGUUAAUCGUAUGCUUCGCCCCGGAGGUUACUUCGUUUGGUCAGCAACACCAGUUUACAGAACACAUGAAGAGGAUAUUCAAAUAUGGAAAGAAUUCCGCCUUCUUUCUCCUCCCACCAUUGCACUUUCUACCAUUAGUCGUACAUCAGUCGCCAUUACCUUAAUUGGUGAUUAA